AUGUCAUUGAUGAGAAUGAUGGAUGAAGGAACUUCCCAGUACUAUUUCACAGCGUCUAUGGAUUCUGGGAAGACACUGUGCAGUUUAUUGAAAGCCAUUCAGUUUCAAGAGACUGCAGUAUUCUGUGCUCUACCAGAGGGACUGAAGCUGACCGUGGAAGAGGGCAAAUGUGUGCAAGCUUCAGCCUAUGUACCUUCAGAUAAUUUUACAGAGUACCAUGUGCGAGACGAUGUUGAUGUUAUGUUCAAGAUCAGCAUAGUGGUGCUGGCAGAAUGUCUGAAUAUAUUUGGCUCUGGCGAGGAGUCCAGUUUGAAGAUGUACUACAGGGGUGAAGGGUCACCUCUACUUUUAGUGUUACAACCCCAAUCAGUGAACAAUGUCAUGACAGAUUGUGAGAUAGCAACACAAACAGCAGACUCUGUAUUAGAACUUCGAGAUGAGGAUGCAGAGGAGGUUGCCAAGUUGGUGCUAAAGGCUCCUGCGUUCCUGGGUCUGCUGGCAGAUUUGGAGCGAUCUUGUGAAGUAUUUGAACUGAACCUCUCACCUGAGCAUCCAAAUGUCAGCAUUGUUACUUAUGGCAUGCAGGACAGGUCUUGCAUUGACAUGCCGAAGUCAUCAGACAUGGUGCAAAGCUUCAGUUGUCAGUCUCCUGUCACUCUGAGGUAUCAGCUGCAUCACAUACGGACUAUUAUGAAGGCACUAGCUAUAUCAACCAAGGUAGUCCUCAGAUGUAGCUCCAACGGCCUAAUGCUGCUGCAGUUGAAGCUGGAGAAGGAGGACCAGCGGCAGAUGUUCUCAGAGUUCUACAUAGUGCCGUUACUCGACGACUGA